AUGUCAUCAACAUCUCACUCGUUCAGUGCCCCUCCUACGCGCACUUUCUUUAAAGGAGGUCUCCUCUUUGACAUCAUCGGAAAGGAGAUAGGAGUCGACCCAGCUGUGAUCCUUGAGACGUCUCAUGGCCGAAGAUCCAUCGACACGCUGAAAGUCUUGAGCCCUGAACGAGCCAACUGGGAGUACAUCAAACACAUGGAAGGGCUCCUCCCAAAGAUGUACGGUGAUGACGCGGUGGAAAUUCCCGGCGCUCGUGAUCUUCUCGCCCAAAUCAAACAAGCCUCCGUUCCAUGGGCAAUCGUCACUUCUGGUACCACUCCCCUCGUCACCGGCUGGCUCGGCGUCCUCAACCUCCCAGUCCCCGAAAACCUCGUUGUAGCUGAAGACGUCGAGAAUGGCAAGCCAGAUCCAGCGUGCUACUUGAUGGGUAUGAAAAAGCUGGGUGCUACCGACCCGAGCCAGGUACUUGUUCUCGAGGAUAGCCCUGCUGGCAUUCUGGCUGGCAGAGCCGCUGGCUGCAAGGUCCUGGGACUUGUCACAAGCCAUACGGUCGAGCAAGUCGUUGCUGCGAAGCCUGAUUGGAUCGUACGAGAUCUCAAGAGUGUGAAGGUGGUCAACUUUAGCGAGGACGGUGUCCAAUUGGAGUUUAGAGACGCGCUGAUGGCCAAUUAG